AUGUCUGGUGCAAGCGGAAGUGGUAAGCCUAAUAUGGAUGAAAUUAUGAAGAAGUGGGAGAGUUUGAAGUGUGAAUGGUACAAUAACAAACCGAUGGCUAAUCUUAUUCUUUUGUGGAAUAAAAUAAAGGCUGAUUGGGAGAGAAUCACACCAAAGCUCUGUGCAAAUGAAUCAUUCCAGAACAGGCUUAACCUGGAACGUAGUUGUGGAGAUUAUUCAACCUCGUUCGACAAGGUUGUGCAGCAAGUAAUCGUCGAACAAAGUCAGCUACGUGAUGAAUUCGACAAGUUGAAGAUUGAUCUUCUUGGAUUGAGUGGUCUUUUGCCCGACUGCCCUAUAGUGAUCUCCGACAGUGAUGAUGAUGAGAUAUUUAGAGAAAUUGAAGAGUACUGUGAUGACGAUGAUGAUGAUGACGACGACGAUGAUUACGAUGAUGAGGGUGAUGAUGAUAAUGGUGGUGAUUGUUAG